AUGUAUAGAAAUAAAUAUCAGCCAAAAAUAUUAUCCCUUUUGCUAAGCGCAGGUUCUAAGCCAUUAGAGAUAUGGAAAACAAAAACAAAAAAGGGUUGCGUUAGAAAAGUAUUAGAUGAAGCAAUCAAAUUAAGUGCAAUUGAAAUUUUAUCAGAAAAUACUUCUGAUUCAUAUAUUUAUACAGCACCAUAUAAUUUUACCUCAUUAGGAAUUAGUUUACCUAUUAUUGUUCUUAUUGUUAAAAAUAUGAAUAGAUAUUUUUCCUUUAGAAUAAGUAUAUUAGAUGAUAGAAAAUGUAGAAGAACUUUUAGAAUUUCUAAUUUUCAGACUGUUACAAGAUUAUCAAAUAAAUGGUGUACUAUGCCAAUGGUUUUAAAUGAUGGAUGGAAUAUUAUACAAAUAAAUUUAAAAGAUUACACAGAAAAAGCAUUUAAAACAAAAUAUGUUGAAACAAUUGACAUACAAAUAAAUGCUAGCAUAAGAAUUAGAUGCAUAUACUUUUGUGAUAGAAUUUAUAAAAAUGAAGAACUGAAAGAUGAAUUUAAAAUAUGCUCAAAAAAAAAAGAAAAAAUAAAAUAUACUAUUCCACAAAAUUUAAAGAAACUAGAAAAGAAAACUACUAUUAAAAAUAUUAAAAAAGAAAAAAAUAUAAAAAAGGAAGAUAAUGCAACAAAUAAUGAAUUAGCAAAUAAUGAAGAAAAAGAAAAUACUGAAGACAAUGACAAUCUAAAUAUAAAAGGAAAUGAAGAGAAGAAUGAAAAAAUAGAAGAUAAUGAAGAAAAAAUAGAAUGUGAAGAAAAAAUAGAUAAUGAAGAAAAAAUAGAUAAUGAAGAAAAAAUAGAAAGUGAAGAAAAAAUAGAAGGUGAAGAAAAAAUAGAUAAUAAUGAAAAAAUAGAAAAUGAAGAAAAAAUAGAAAGUGAAGAAAAAAUAGAAAGUGAAGAAAAAAUAGAUAAUGAAGAAAAAAUAGAUAAUGAAGAAAAAAUAGAAAGUGAAGAAAUAAUAGAAAUUAAUGAAAAAAAUGAUAUAGACAAUUAUGAUGAUAAGAAUGAUGUAGAAGAAAAUUAUUUAGCUGAUAUCAUCAAUGAUAUAGAUGGUGAAGAUAAAGAAGAUGAUAAUGAAAAUAGAAAAUUAUUAAUUGAAAAUGCAUAUAAUGAAGAAGAAAAUGAAGCUGUUGUUAGUAAUUUAAGUGAGGUAAAAAACAUAGAAAUAGAUAUGAACAAUGUACUUUAUGAUGAUAUAAAUUAUGAAAAUUAUAAUAAUGAUGAUAAUUAG